AUGGAAUACUAUGAAGCUAAAGCUUAUGCAAAUCUUUUAAAAAAUAAUAAAAAUAUGUUUGAACAAAAUAACAAUCAGGCAAAUAAAAAGACAGAGAGUUCAAAAGGAUUCUUUUCAUUUUUAUUUAAAUCAAAAAAGAACAAUAAUAAUAAAAAUAAUAUAGAACAAGAACAAAAUAUAGAAACAACUAUAAAUAGUCAAGAAAAUGAAAAUACACCAGGAUCACCAUUUUUCAUACCCGCUAAAAAUAUAGAAAAAUCAAAAACUACAUUAUUUUAA